AUGGCGUCACUAUCACAACUUGCCUCAAGAUUGAUGGCUACCCCGAAGCCAGGUGUCGCAUCUCAGCGGCUUGCUUCACUCAGUCGGCAGUUCUCGACGACACUAUCAAAGGCUUUCGAAGUGAAGAGAUUAGGUGUCGUCGGAGCUGGGCAGAUGGGACUCGGAAUCGCCCUUGUCGCUGCUCAGAAAGCCCAGGUGCCGGUCACCCUGGUAGACAGUUCGCAACAAUCCCUCGAUAAAGGCCUAGCAUUCGCAGACAAACUACUCGCCAAGGAUGUUUCGAAGCAAAAGAUUACAGAAGAGGUCGCGAAGGCCACAAAGGACCGACUGAAGGCCACGACGCAACUGUCCGAACUCUCAGAUGUGGAUAUGGUCAUCGAAGCCGUGCCGGAGAUUCCAGCUCUCAAGGAACAGAUCUUUGCGCAGUUGGCCGAGAUAUGCCCUAAACACGCCAUACUGGCAACAAACACUUCCAGUAUAAGCAUUACGAAGAUCGCGCGUGCAACCACGAAGGAUGCCACUGACACAUCGGCCUCCUCACGUGUAGUGUCAACGCAUUUCAUGAACCCUGUGCCGGUGCAAAAAGGGGUGGAGAUCAUAGCCGGCCUCCAAACCUCACCCGAGACAGUCAAAGCGGCAAUAGCGUUUUGUGAAAAGAUGGGCAAGGUGUGCUCGGUUUCGGCCGAUGUUCCAGGAUUCCUCGCCAACAGAAUUUUAAUGCCCUAUAUCAAUGAAGCCAUCCUUUGCCUCGAGGCCGGGAUUGGGACACGUGAGGACAUCGACAAUAUCAUGAAGAAUGGGACGAAUGUGCCCAUGGGCCCUCUGACACUUGCCGACUUCAUCGGUCUUGACACAUGCUUAGCAAUUAUGGAAACACUGCACGCUGGAUUGGGAGACAGCAAGUACCGACCCAGUGUGCUGCUGCGACAGUACGUCGAUGCGGGCUGGCUGGGCAAGAAAAGUGGCAGAGGAUUCUAUGAGUACAAGUGA